AAUCAAAAACUUUUUAGAUUUUGGGUCUGAAGUUGAGAAGCAAAUCAUUACUACGUUUAUUAGUAUUUAAAUUGCACUAUAGUUUUGGAGUUAAUAGAUUAAUAUGAAAAUACUACGUUUUCUGCACAGUAACUUCGAUUUUUAAAUGUUAUACAAAUUCUUAACUCCAUUCCGCCCAACUGUGUAUUUACUAUAAUAGUUGCCUCCCAAUGUUUCACAACUUUUGCCGAUGCAAUCAUUUACACGCAAGUCAGACUCUCCGAAGAUCCCGAUUAGGCCACCGAUAACAGACAAGAUUUGAAUCUAAUGCAACGGGUACAAGAUGGAGCCGCCUGGUUGUUCAAAGGUUUCAAGUGUGGAUUCUAUAGAUUUUGAUUUUCCUGAGCUUCCAUCAAUAAUUCAAAAAGAGCCCAACCGCACAGCAAGAUCGGAAUCCCCAGCACGUCAACGUCACCAGAGACCAUCCGAAUGUUCAAUUUGUGGAAAAACUGCAAAUGGAUACCACUACGAUGUACCAUCCUGUAAUGGAUGCAAAACUUUCUUUAGAAGAUUGUGCGUCUCGGAAAAAAGUUUUAUUUGCAAAGCCGGCGGGGACUGUUUUAACUUGACAAAAAGAAAAGUUCCACUGAAAUGUCGAGCAUGUCGUUAUGAGAAGUGUAUAUCAGAAGGAAUGAAUCCAAAUGCAAUGCUACUUGACGAAAAAGAAGCGACAGCUGAAAACUUUAAAAAAUUGAAAAAGAGAGUAAAUCAGUCAAACCCAAAAGAUCCAGACGAUGAUAGUGGCGAAGAUAUUGAGCAUCAAAUCGAGAAAAAACAAGUAAUCAAGGAUGUUGCAUGCAUUGAAAAUAAAAUGCAAAAACUGGUGGAUAUGCUUAACUAUUUGGAAAGGAAGGUAACAAAAUUCCGAAUGUCGGCAUACAAUCCCCACUGGAGCACAUUACCCGGACUAGAAGCAUUUCUUUUGUUAGAGAAUAAAAUUAGCCUUGCUGAUAGAUCUGGACCAAUGCCCGGGUGGCCGUUGAAAACUCAAUCGAGUCCUCCGAAAAUUCCGGAGUUUGGUAAAAAACCAACUGGCCCAGCAUAUUCCCCUGAUCAGAAAUGUUGGAUCCUCUACGAUUUGAUGGUAUCCAUAGAAUAUGCAAAAACAUUUAUGUUUUUUCAUCAACUUGAUUCAAGAGACAGAUUAGUUUUGAUGAGAUAUGUUGCAUUGGCUCUAAUGAAUUUACACAUUUCUUAUUUUACUGUUGCUAAAAAAUAUGAUACAAUUAUUCAUCCAGAUGGGAAACUGGCACCAAUGAAGAAAGGAAUGGUUUACGCGGAGACAGUUAUGUCAAUUGCUCCAUUAAUAAGAUGUGAAAUCCAGGAAACGGAGUUUGUUUUGCUAAAAGCAAUAUGUUUAUGUAAUCCAGCGGUGCCUGACCUCUCGCAACACGCCCAAGAAAUUCUUGGCAGGGAACGUGAACAGUACGCCGACGCUCUAUUUGAUCAUUGCCUCCGAAACAGAAAAGACGGGCCGAGUCAGUUUGCUGAGCUGAUUGGAAUGGUCGACCUACUGGAGCGUCAACAAAGAAUGCAGAAAGAUUUACACCUGUUACACGUUGCACCAUUUGUUUCCAAAAUUCCUCAAAAGGAUAAAAUGUUGUUAGUAGAUGAUAUUAUGAAUUUUUAGUUUUUAUUUAAAGCCAAUUUACUUAAUUUGAUUCUCUGAAUUAGCUAUUCUUGACUAUGAUUUCUUUGACAAUUUUCGAGUACAUUUUGUGAUCUCAAUAAAUUAUUUUGUUGUGU